AGAUCUUGACACUUGACAGCAAAAAUUACACUUUUGUUUUUAGGUUAUGGCUCUAGACUUUGUUGAUUUUUUAGCUUAAGCAUAUGCUUGUUUAAUUUAGUAUUUCUGUAUUAGCACUUUACUGAAAACAAUCAAAAAUGACUUUUCAAGUAGAAUUUCAGGCAGUUGUGUUAGCAGCUGGUAAAGGAUCACGAAUUUCUGAAUUAACAACGACAAAGCCAAAAUGUUUAUUACCAGUCGGCCCCAUGCCUUUAGUCUGGUAUCCUCUGUAUAAAUUGGAACAAGCAGGGUUUACUGAUGUAAUACUCGUAAUACUAGAACAUCAGAAAUCGGAGAUUCAAAGUUCUCUGGACAAAACAGGGAUCGAAAUAAGGAUAGAGUAUGCCACAAUUGCUGAAAAUGAAGAAAUAGGCACUGCUGACAGCCUACGAAUGCUAUAUGAUAGACUGAAAUCUGAUGUAUUGGUAGUAUCAUGCGAUUUUAUUACCGAUGUUGAUCUGUAUGGUUUGCUGGAUAUCUAUAGAAUGCAUAAUGCCUCAGUUGCGUCACUUCUGCUACACCCACAGCACACUGAGGUAAUUGCCGUACCAGGGCCAAAAUCCAAGCAUAAAGUAGAACGUGACCUCAUUGGCAUAGAUCAACAAACCAACAGACUGGUUUUCCUAGCAUCAGCCAGUGAUUUCGAAAGUGAGCUAACCUUACCUAAAAGCCUUUUAAAAAAACACACCAGCUUAAAACUUUACAGCAAUCUUAUCGAUUCUCACAUAUAUGUGUUAAAAAAAUGGGUGAUCAAGUAUCUGAAAAGUGAAGAUAGUUUUUCAUCAAUAAAAGGUGAACUUUUACCGCACAUAGUCAAAAAACAACUGUCAAAACCACCAAAAACAAGUGAACCAAGAGAAUCCAUUGUCACGUUGAGAGAUGCUGGUGACAUUUUUGCUUAUGCUAAAGAGGAGGACUUGGACUUAGCAAUAAGAGAGGCUUCUGCAUAUAAUGACCAUAUUGGAGAUUUAAAACCCGCAUAUCAUGAUGAUAGUAUAAGAUGCUAUGCUUACAUAGCACCAAAGGAUGCGUUUGGAGUUAGAGUCAAUACUAUGAUGAACUAUUGGACAGUUAGUGGAAAGAUUAUUGACUCCUGGCAGAGGAUAACCAAUGGCAAAGAACUAAUUUUGAAACACCCCGAGGCCACAAUUAGUUCCAACCAAGUAGAUGACAAAUGCAUCAUAUGGGAAGGUGUUAAUCUCAAAGAAAAGACUUCAUUCAAAAACUGUGUGAUAGGAGCCAAUGCAGAAGUAAACAGCUUUAGCAGAGUUUUCAACAGCAUCGUUAUGAACAAUGUUACUAUUAAAGAAAAAGUUGCCAUAGAGAACUGCAUAGUAUGUGAUGGUGCCAUUAUAGAAAACGGAUGCAAGCUAAAAGGUUGUAUAGUUGGAAGCUACCAUACAGUAGAAGAAGACUCCGAACAUGCUAGUGAAGUGCUAACCGAAUCUGAUAGAUUGAUGGAGUUUUAGUAUCAUGGCCUUCUUAAUGAAUUAUUUAUAGAUAUUUAUAAAUUUCAAAUAAAAAUGCUAUGUAUGAAAGAA